AUGGGCCUCCUGAGCGCGACACCAGGAUUCAUCGACAUGGCGGAUGUCGGUGCAAACGGCAUUGUCACCAACCCAACAAAGGUCGGCGGCUUAAUCGCUGCCUAUUAUUUUGGUGCGCUCGGCGGCGCUUGUCUCGGAGGAUGGCUCGGGGACAGAGUCGGACGUAAGCGCGGAAUCCUUGUUGCUACGGCAUUUGGAAUCAUCGGGGCUGCUCUAAUGUCAGGUUCUGUUCACUGGGGCAUGUUCUUCCUUGCCCGCAUUAUCUGUGGGUUGGGCAUUGGAAUCCUCAACUCUGUCCUCUUGCCUUUCGUCUCCGAACUUUCGACAGCUCACGACCGUGGCUCGACCUUCUCCCUAGUGUUUAUCUUUAACUAUGUCGGUAUCUGCAUAGCUUAUUGGAUCAACUUCGGUGUCCGUCAAACGAACGACGAGUUCCGUUGGCGCUUUCCCUUGGCUUGGAUGUGCAUUCCACUCUUGAUUGUAGACGUCUGCUUGCCGUUUUUACCCGAGUCCCCAAGGUGGCUCAUUGCAAACGGAAAGCGAGAACAAGCUAUUGAGAUCCUCUGCAAGCUUCGCGGCGAUGUGAGCCCCACGGACGCGGUGAUCAAAGAUGAGAUUGAGCAGCUUGACGCAGUGGUCGAGAGUGCUUAUUACAAACGAAACAACCUUCUGAACAUUGCCCUGGCUGGGCGAUACUCUGGGAAACUGCAUCUUGGCCGGCGAGCUGUCAUGGGUUUUGCUCUUCAGUGGAUUCAACAGUGGACGGGUAUCUUGGCUAUCGCAGCGUGGGCUGGAACGCUUUUCCGCCUUGCCGGUUUUGAUUCUUACAAGAGCCUGUGGCUUGCCGGUCUAGUCAAUACCUUCGGGAUUCCUGGCACAGCUGCGGCUGCACUUAUCAUUGACCGACUCGGUCGCAUCAAGUCGCUACUCGUGUCAUUCAUCACGCAGGGCGUCUCGUUGUUCCUGGUCGCAGCGCUGAUAAAGACAUCUCAGGACGCUGCUGCAAGAGGGGACGUCUCUCAAUCGACUCGUCUGGGCACCGCCGCCGCGUCAUUCGUGUUCAUCUACAUUUGGUUCUUCACCAUGUUCAACAUAGUCCCUGCUUGGCUGUAUCCAACUGAGAUCUGGCCACAAGAAAUUCGCGCCAAAGGUUACAGCUUUACCAUACUUGGCUGGGCUGCCGGUUGUGGAAUGACACAGUUUGUCAUUCCGAUUAUGCUAGACCGUCUGGGUUGGGCCACAUACAUCUUCUUUGGGGCCAUGAACAUCGUGGCCAUGCCCAUUGUCUACUUCUUCUACCCCGAAGUCGCCAAGCGCACAUUGGAAGAAAUCAACCUCCUAUUCACCAGCGAUAGCUUGUUCGUGUCGAAGAACAUGCACGAGUAUCAGAGACGCCUCGAUGAGGCGGGUGGUCAAGUGGCAUUGGCCGCUCGUCGUCUGCUUGAUGAGGUGGACGGACAACUACCUGCUGCAGACAGGGAGGAGAAAGGCACUGCUCAAGUCACCCAUCAAAUGGAUGAGUCACCUGCUUCAAUGUAA